GAUAAGCAGGGCUGAAGGCUCCCGGCGGUGAUGGCCGUCAGAGGCCGGCGCUAUGAGGUUUCAGUGGAAGCGGCUGCUGUGCUUGCUGAUGUUUAUUUACUGUCUCUUUUCUAUUUACGCAGCUUACAUCGUCUUUUACCAAGGGCGGCGGGGAUCCGGUGCCCACCGGGUGACCGCCCCCAGAGAGCGGAGUAAAGACAGUACCCGUCCAUUGCAGAUUGUUGAAGAGCAAGAUGAUUUUCAACACCCAGAACAGGAUAAUGAGUGGAAUCCAUGGGAAGAGGAUGAAAAGAUGGAGAAUGCUUUCCAGCAUAAAGUUCAGCUACAGGGAUUUCAGAAACAAAUUUUACAACACCGACCCAGACAGAAGAAGGUGCAGAUCUGGGGCAAAGCUGCAAUCGGGCUUUAUCUCUGGCAGCAUAUACUUGGGGGCCAGCUUACACCAAAUGAUGUGACAGCUCACUGGAGAGAAGGGCAACUGAAGGCUGGAAAUUUACAUUUUAGUUUCUACACUGGUCCUUCAGCAGUCCCUGGAAAUAUCCCACUAGAUACUGAGAAUGUGGUGCUUGUGCUAAAUGGGAGGGAAGAAGGAAAGAUCAAGUUUGCCACCCAGUGGCUGCAUUAUGUACAGACACUCCUCCAGACACACAAACUUCAACAUGUCGCUGUAGUUCUCCUUGGCAAUGAGCAGUGUGAAAAUGGCUGGAUUGAACCCUACCUCAAAAAACACGGAGGAUUUAUUGAUUUGAUUUUUCUGGUGUAUGACAGCCCUUGGGUAAAUGAGGAGGAUGUUUAUCAGUGGCCACUGGGAGUGGCAACCUACAGGAACUUCCCUAUUGUGGAUCUCAACAACUUAAUGUUGCAUUCUUCAAGGCCGUACUUGUGCAACUUCCUUGGAACUGUCUACAAAGGCUCCUCCAGGGAAAUCUUGUUGAAUGUGUUGAAACGGGAAAGACUCAAUACAAUGUGUCUUAUCUCAGUUCGAGAACAGUGGUUACCUCAAGAAACAAGUGAAAACUUAAAGAAGUAUCAAGAUGCUUUGCUGCAAAGUGACCUCACGCUGUGCCCUGUGGGAAUAAAUACUGAAUGCUACAGAAUUUACGAAGCUUGCUCUUAUGGUUCUGUUCCAGUUGUUGAAGAUGUCAUGACCCCAGGACAAUGUGGCAACUCGUCAGUGUUCCAGAAUGCCCCAUUGCGUCUCCUGAAGUUAAUGGGAGCACCAUUUAUUUUUGUAAAAGACUGGAAAGAGUUGCCUGCUAUUUUAGAAAAAGAGAAAGCGAUGAGUCUGCAGGAAAAAAAUCACAGACGGAGAUUGGUCAUCGAGUGGUUUAAGCAAUUCAGAACACAAGUGAGACAAAAGUUUGUUGAUAUCCUUGAAAGCCAUUUUUUUUAAACAUUUGGAUCUCCUUCCCGAGAUGACUUCUAACAUCUGUUUACUAUAGUAAACUACAUUUACUUUCGCUGAGUAUGCCAAUACAUUUUGGCAUAAAGGUAUUAUGUAAAGGAACCAUCCCUUACAUUGUGAUAUAGGUUCUGUUCUCCGUGAGGAACAUUUGAUGUUAUUUUCCACCAGAGAAAGAAAAUUUGGAACAUCUGACUCCAAUUCUGUAAUCUAUACCUGUAAGAAAGUUGGAUUUUGAUUUUAAAAUAAUUCGCUUGACAGUUCAUGUCCCAUGCUUUUCUGAAGAAUGAAUAAUUUUAUCAUUUCCAGUUUAAUCAGAGAAUUAAGUCCAGACUGUCACAUGAUUCACCUGAACACAAAGGAUAACAAGUCAAAAUUCUCAGUACUUCACAAAACUGUGUACUGCUUAGAUCCUGCCCACUGCCAUUUAGGCUCGGCUUAUCCCUCAAGGGUAAGCCUGAAACACAACUAGCAUUAUGAAUUUAAAUGAAGUGCGAGGCUCUAUUUUAAGUUAUCACAGAAGAAUUAAUAUGAUUUCAGGCUCGUAAAGGUAUUUAAAGCCACUGCUUUGUAAGUGCUAAUUUAUUGCGCCUGUGAGAGAAAGCUGGCUGAAUUUCUUCAGGAUAAUUGGUACAUUAGAAUUUGCAAUAUCUUAUAAUAAUUCUGUUUCUGCAAUCUUACAAAGCCCAGCUUUGAGAGUCAUCUUGAGCAUUCUUAGUGGUGGGAGGAACAGCAAUUAGGUGAGAUAUUCACUAGGUUUUCUCAGGAAAUUUGAAGAGUGCUGCUCGAAGGUAUUCUUACACAAUAAAAAAAUUAUCUGAUCAUUAUGUGACUGUUUUAUAGGAGUUUAUGUGCUUAUAUUACAACUAUUACUACAUUUCAAUAAAUACAUCAUUGGCUGUGAAA